AUGUCUGCUGCAAAAACCUCAACUAUCUCAUCCACAAUCACUACAACCUUUCCUAGGACCAAUCCUACUUCAUCCACGCCAACGCAAACCUCACCCACCCGGAUGCCUACCUCGUCUACAACAACGUCUACCUCGUCUACGACAAUGCAUACCUCACCUACGACAACGCCUACCUCUUCUACGACAACGCCUAACUCACCUACAACAACGCCUACCUCGUCUACGACAACGCCUACCUCGUCUCCAACAACAACUACCUCGUCUACGACAACGCUUACUUCGUCUACGACAACGCCUACCUUGCCUACGACAAUGCCUACCUCGCCUACGACAACGCCUACCUCGACCAUGACUUCUUGUUACCUAUGCAAUGGAAUGCCAUCAUUUUUAUGUGAACGGCUAGCAACACCAUUGAAAUGCGACACUGCUGACCAACAGUUUUGUAUUAAUAAAUUGGUUAACAAUAGAGAUGGUUCCAGAACAUUGGACAGAAGAUAUGCCACAGAACAGGAAUGCCGACAGGAAUGGUGGGAAAGGACGUCCGACAGACAACAAUGUACUGGAUAUGAUCCCAACUCUUUUACAAUGACUUAUUUCGAGUGCUCUUUCUGUUGUAUCACCCCACAAUGUAACAAAAAGAUUGUUCCAGAUGACUUAUAUGUACCUCCUAGAAUAUAA